UGGUCGCUUCCACAGGAAGUCCUGUAGAUGAGCAUAGGAGAUUGGCUCGCUGGGGAACGGAAAAGGCAAUUAAGCAAGACAAGACUGUUAACAGUCCCAGAGCUUGUGGGCUCCGCAGGGCAGUGCUCACCCCACCACCAGGUCCCGGGGCCCAGGGCUGCGUGUUCCACUGGGAGCCUUUGAGAGGCUCCACAGCUCAACACUGCCUCAUUGGGGAUCAAGUUUCCAACACACGAACUUUGAGGGACACAUUUAAACUGCAGCAGGGUUGAGACAAGGGGGCACUGAACCCAGCUAGAAUUGGAGGGGUGACCUCAGGGAAGGCUUCUUGGAGGAGGCAGCCUCUAAGGGCCAAUGCACCAUGGAGCCUGGACAAAGAGGGUCUCGAAAAGUUCGGAAGCUGGGCUCCAGCCGGCGGCGGCAGACAAGAGAGCCAGCCAAUGGCGAAGAUGCUGCGGUGGCCCCAGAGCCAGAGUCCUGGUCAUCUCAGGCAGUGGCAGAACUGCAGGCCUUCUUCCAGGACUGCGGUGCCAAGGAGAGGGGCUUUGUCACCCGCGAGGACCUGGCGGUGGCCAAGUUCAGCUUCCUGGGCGGCGAGGAGGAGCCAGAGAUGAUAUUUGACUGGGUGGACGUGGAGCGGAAGGGACAGCUGUCCCUGGAAGAAUUCAGCUCUGGAAUCAAAAACAUCCUUGGCUCCAGCCAGAGUGCCCACAGGCUCCGCAGAAGGAAGCCACUGCCUUCUAAGCAGGUAUCUGCUACCACCAGCUUCCCAGCCCUGGAGGAGGCCGACGAUGAGGAGAAGGAGGCGUUCCUUGCCUUCAUGGAGCAGCUGGGGACUGGACACUUACUUCCCAAGCAGACAGAAAUCUGGCAGCUGUGGGGGAAGCUGCGGCAGGAGGAGCCCCAGCUGGCAGGUAACCUGGCGGGCUUUGUGGCCAAGAUGACCAGCUGCCUGCAGGAGGCCCAGGCGGAGAAGGAGGCCCUGGAGCUGACCCUGAGGAAGCAAGACUCUGACCACCACCGCAAGGUGCAGCAGCUCUAUGAGGAGAUGGAGCAGCAGAUCCACCAGGAGAAGCAGCAGCUGCAGGCUGAGAGCGACUCUCGGGGUCUGGCCUUCACCUCCCAGAUGCAGGACAUCCUAGAGGCCAAGGAGCAUGAGGUGCAGCGACUAGCUGAGGGCCAGAGGGAGCUGGAGGCCCAGCUCUCCCACCUCAGGAGCACACAUCAGGAGGCUGCCUCAGAGAACCAGCAGCUGCGGGAGGCCAAGCGUGACCUGGCUGGGAGGCUGGAGGAGGUGCGGGGGCAGCUGCAGGUGACCAAGGGGCGCCUGGACACCGCCAGAGGCCGGGUGUCCUGGCAGAUGGAGGAGAAACUGAGUGUUCCUGGAGUGGGUGAGAAGGCCCCAGACCCUCAAGCUGUCUCCCCUGAGGAGGGCCCCCUGCCUGGGCUGUUUGGGGACAACGAUGACUGGGACCAGCUCCUGAGCAGCUUUGGCAGCCCUCCGCGCAGAGCCCUGCAGCUCUACUGGAGCCCACCCCCGAGCCCGAGAGCCACCGCGGGCCCCCAGACACCCCGCGUGGUCAGGCAGAUCUCCAUCUCGGAGCCGCACACUCCACUGUUUGGUCAGGAGCCACCUUCAGAUCCAGAUAGGGUUCCAAGGACCCCCCCUGGGGUGCCUUUCAGUGCCAAGGACAGUGAAGGAAUGGACUCAGAUGAGCAGGACGUUAGUGCAGAGCAGCCUGUUGAGACUCAGGGCGAGGACCCCAACCAGAAGCCGGGGUCCAGACUUGAGGGCCGCCUCCUCUGGGGUCUCCCAGGACCCCCAGCUGGGGAGUCGGGAAGCCGGGUGGCAGCUGCAUUCAAAGUGCUCAUUCCUUUGGAGGAUGGGCUCCCUCCCCAAGUGAACGCUCCCCCUCCUCAGGCCCCAGCUGGGUCCAGCAAACAGAUCCAGGCCUCAGACUCAGAUGACAAGGGCCCUGGGUCUUGGGCUCCUCCCAGCGGGGCUCAGCCUGGGGCUGCAGCAGGAACCCAGGAACCCACACAAACCCCUCCCACCAUGACUGAGAGGGAAACCCAGCCUGGACCCUCACCCACAACUGCCCUCGAAGGAUUAGGCCCAGCCAAGCCGCCCAGGCAAAGAGAGGCCCUCCAGCAGGACCCGCGUGCCACUGGCUCUGAGCCAGGAUUGGGGUUCCAGAGGGCCAGAGCCCUUACCCUGGGGCCAGCUGAGCCCUUCCAGGGCCUGGCAUCUGUGGGUCCGGUGCCCACAGAGAGUCUGGAGCAGGGCCAGGCAGGCCCAGCGGAGCAGGAGGGUCUUCCUGAGGGGCUCAGAGAAGCUCAUGGCUGGGUUCUUGGGCUGGGUGAGCUGCCUUCUCUCCCCCAUGGAGGGCUGGAAGAGGAACCCAGGGCUGAGGAAGGAGAACAAGUGGACCGAGGUGGGCAGGACGUCGGUUCAGAGCUGUCAGUUGAGGCUCACGGCCUGGAAACUGCCCGUUCGGAACACCCCCAGCAAGAUUCUCUGCUUGUUUCUCUCCCGUCUGCCACACCCCAGGCUCAGGCGGACGCAGAAGCCCCUGCUCCUGGAAAACCAGCACCUCCUCCCGUGAGGGCUCAGCCUGGGGCAGGACCCCAGGAACCCACGCAAACCCCUCCCACCGUGGCUGAGCAGGAAGCCCCACCCAGGCCAUCGUUCCUGACCACUCACACAGAACAAGGCCCCCCGCACUCCAGGGAGCCAAGGGCAGAGAGCAUGCUUGAAGAUCAAGGAACGGACUCCAGGGAGGCUGGGCUGACCCCACCCCCGGGUGGCCCCAUGGCCGGAGGGCCCCAGGCCAACCCUGAUUACCUCUUCCAUGUCAUCUUCCUGGGAGACUCCAACGUGGGCAAAACGUCGUUUCUGCACCUGCUGCACUAUAAUUCCUUCGCCACCGGAUUGGCAGCUACCGUGGGAGUCGAUUUUCGGAUCAAAACCCUGCUGGUGGACAACAAGUGCUUUUUGCUACAGCUCUGGGACACGGCUGGCCAAGAGAGGUACCACAGCAUGACACGGCAGCUGCUCCGCAAGGCUGACGGGGUGGUGCUCAUGUACGACGUCACCUCCCAGGAGAGCUUUGCCCACGUGCGCUACUGGCUAGACUGUCUCCAGGAUGCAGGGGCUGAUGGGGUGACCAUCCUUCUCCUGGGAAACAAGAUGGACUGUGAAGAGGAACGGCAAGUGCCCACUGAAGCUGGGCAGCAGCUGGCCCAGGAGCUGGGGGUCUCUUUUGGGGAGUGCAGUGCUGCCUUGGGUCACAACAUCCUGGAGCCCGUGGUAAACCUGGCCAGGUCACUCAGGAUGCAAGAAGACAGCUUAAAGGGCUCACUGGUGGAGGUGGCCCCCAAGAAGCCACCCAAGAGAUCUGGCUGUUGCUCCUGACCGCCUGUCCUGUCCCGGGUAGGAUGGACACCCCUGGGGUUUCCUGUCCCUCAGCUCCUGUCUUGCCUUCCUGGACAGCAACGACAGAGAGGACCUGCUUGGAAGUUCAGGAAAAUCCUUCUCAAAUCAGGACUCAGAUCCCAGGGCCGCAUCGCCUCUGCCCUUCACGCUCCAAAAGAAGGGAUUUGCUGAGUGAACAAGGCGUGGGGGGCAGGGGUACGGCAAAACUCCCCAAAGAAAGGAAGAGUCUAGAAAAACAGCUUAAGGAAAAUAUACCAAAAUAUUGAGCACACAUCUGUGGGUGAUAAAAUUAUAGGGUGAAUGUGGGGGGGUGUUAUCUUCCAUUUUACACAUAUUUGUAUUUUUAGAGUUUCAACAAUAACUGGGCAAUCAUUACAUAAUCAGAAAAGGAGAUGUUGAGAAGGAGGAGAGAAACUUCCCAAGGAGCUCCCUUGGGCGCUGCUGGCUCCUAAUUGGUGCAACCUGUUAAUCACAGAUUGCUCGGUGUUAGAGCAGUCCCUGUGCGCUCUGCCCGGCAGGGCGCUGUUAACCUGGUCUCAUGGGCUGUCUUCCCAGCAGAAUCCAGUUCCUGGGAAGGGUAAUGUUCUGAAGGCCCCUGCUAUGCCCUGAUGCCCUCCUGUCUUCCAGAGCCCCAACCUCACUCCCAUUCUCCAUGAUCCGAAUCACAUCUCCCAGGGGUCACAUUCAGGGGUCCUGCCCCCUGCCCUAAGGCCACGGUGUCCCCAAGCACAAGACUUUACCCUCAGUUGUCAGUCUCUGGAUGCAUUUGAGGGGCAGCUAGGGUGUGGCUGGGGGCUCCAAGCAGCUGGGGAACCUAGACUCAGAAUCAUUCACACACUCCUCUUUGGAGCUUUUGCAGAAGUUUCCAGAAUUCCAUAAUAGUCACCUUCUGAAUGGUGAGUACACCUUAUCAGCUAGGCUGGGGUUUCCAGUGCCCUCAGAGAGCUUGCCUUAGAGUCUUAGAGAGACUACCGACCCAUCGUCCAUGGUCUGUUUGUAUGUGUGUCACAUCUUCCCAUCACCACGAAUUGAAUGUACAACGUGUGCCAGGUGCUGAGUUUGUUUGUCUGUUUUUUGAGACAGGGUCUCUCCGUUGCCCAGGCUGGAGUGCACUGGCACGAUCGCCAUCUGCUGCAGCCUCACUGUCUGGGCUCAAGCGAUCCUCCCACCUCAGUGUCCCAAGUAGCUGGGACCACAGGCACAAGCCACCACACCUAGCUAAUUUUUUAGUUAUUUGCAAAGACAAGGUCUUGCUAUGUUGCCUAGGCUGGUCUCAAACUCCUGGGCUCAAGGGAUCCUCCCUCCUUAACCUCCCAAAGUGCUGGGAUGAUAGGCUCGAGCCACUGUGCCCAGCCUGUUUGGUAUUUUGUAAUCCUUCAGGUACUGGGGAAUUUCCUGGCAGAAUCAACAGAAACCCCUGUUUCAUAGAGGGACAAACGAAGACAGUUCAAGGAAUAGAGUUACAGAGAGAGAGAGAAUAAAGGAGAAAGAGGAAGUGACAGGGGCUGUUGAAUCACACAGUCUUAGGACCUGGCCCCGAUCCCUCUUCUCAGUUCUGCAAGGAAUGUCUCAGCAGCAGUGAGCCUUCCAUCACCAGAGGCACACAAACAGAAGCCAGGUGACGCCUGGCAAAAGAUGAGGAAGAGGAUCCUAGCAUCCAAAGCCACCAAGGUUGGAUUAGAUGCCCUCAAUGGAUCCCAUCCAACCUCCAGACUCCAUGUGGAUGAUUCCCAUGGUCCAGCUGAUUUUUAUUUUUUAUUUAUUUAUUUUUUUUGAGACAGAGCCUUGUUCUAUUGCCCAGGCUGGAGUACAAUGGUGCAAUCUCAGCUCACUGCAACCUCCGCCUCCCAGGU